CAAAACAGUCGGUGGUGCUGGAAGAUCCCUCGUAUUUUUUUACUUUUAUUUUUGUCUCUACUGCGCGGCACUUCACUUCUGCGCUCCGACGAAUUGGAGAAGCGGAACAGCAGGAGGAAUCCCGACAAGCGGUCCGGGAAGGAAUUUUCUCGCGAAAGUUCCAUCGACUGUCGGUUAUGUACAUGUCAUUUUUCACACCCAGCCAGCCCCACGAAGAUCCGCCGGUUUGCCGUUUCCUUGCAUCAUGUCUCGUUAUCAUGGGAUUUACUACCGGAACCGCCCUGGUAGCAUUAUUUUUCUACAUGGGCUUCGCGUACGGCAUAGAUGAAGGUUUCAUGCUAGGAGUAUUCGCGUUGGGCAGCUGGGUGUACGGAUUGGUGACGUACUGCUGUAAAACAGGCUGCUUCCGACCAUUGGACGAAAGCGACAGAUCGACGCCGUCUUCGAUCCCGUCCUCCUCAUCGCUGACUGCUUUCCCGACAACCACCCAAGACCCGCCGUCGUACAAAGAAGUCACUGAAGAUCCACCAAGCUAUCAAGAAGCUCUGAAAAUGAUCCAAGCUAAAGGCCAAUGUCCGGUGUCAACACAGUGCGAAAUACCAAAACAUCAGCUUAAGUUCCCUGUCGAAACAUGCCACAGUGUUCUUACCGUUUAGUCUACUCCUCGCUCACACUUUGCUCGGUGUUCCGACCGAACAUUCUAAACGUCACAGGACGAAAAAUCGUCGCACACGAACUCAUUGCCGCAUUACUUUUACGAGAAGGAACAUUCAUGCCGAGGAUUGAAUGCCAGAAUCUCUAUUCUGCCGACCGAUUUCCAUAGGCGCUCCAUGAUCGGAGCGGGCUCACUUUCAUGAACCGCAGGAAAAAAGGGGAAAACCGUGAUCCAUCGGAAGAGCAGUCGACUACCAGAAGAUCGAGGUCGACCGUAUGUUUCUGUCUUUCAAUUGCUUGUCCCGCGGCAAGUGAAUUCUUGCCCUAUAUACAACGAUAGUAGAUUAUUAAAUGUAUCCAAAAUGACCGGCAGAAGGAACCAAUCGUUCUGCGUACUGCCUUAGUGAGAUUGUAAAAUUAAUGUAUAUACAAACACGAUCCAAGGAUCUUUAGUUACCGGAAUGAAAAAAGCAGCAGUCGAACGAAAUAAAAUAUCUCGUGAUUUUAUCGAGAAG